UAUAAAUUUACUUAUUUGGCCAAACUGGGUUAAACCGCCGGUGCAGGUGUGGUCGGAUCGUUGUGGUGGCCGAGCGAACGAGCCAGAGAGAAUGGUGAAAGAGAUCGAAACUCUAAGCGAAGAUGAAAGACGCGCACUUCGUGGCAGUAAAUUCGCGCCUCUUCCUUGUCAAUCUCGCCCUUCCAGCUCCCAGCCCAGGUUGGCUCAUCCUGGUGGACCGGUGACCACAAACAAAGCGGCGGCAUUAGCAAAGUUUCUUGAGAGAAAACUGAAGGAGCCUGAUGGGCUGGCGUCUAUCAACCCUGAUCUUCUUGAACUCGCUGUCAAUAAUGCCAAACAGACUGUUUUUGCAACACGCAGUACAUCAAAUCCACAAAGAAGUGUCCGGCAUGUAGACUCCUUUGGUGACACUGACUAUGAGGAUUCUGAAGAUGAGAAGAAUGAACCUUCUCAAGUGAAAAAAUCAAAGAAGAAGAACAAGAAGAAAAUAGGCAAAAAGGAAAAGAAAAAGCGAAAGAAAGUAGAGGAUCCAGGACUUGUAGUCAAAAAGCAUAAAAAGAAGUUCAAAUUUUGAUUCAUUCUGGUUGACAGCCAUGGAUGUUGAAUCUGCAUCCUCUUAACCGGCCCCAUAGGGCAUCUGACAUGAUUGCCUUGUGAUUCAACGUUAUACCAAGUUUCUUGUGGAUUUCAAAUGGAGGACUGAGGUCAGUGGAUUUUUUGUCAUGUGUUAUUUCCUUCAAAUGAGUCACAAGCAACGCAUGGAGUCACUGAUACAGCUUUGGCAUAUUGACUUCCCAGAUCAUUUACAAGAUAAGAUGAUGAACUAUUUAUUAUUUAGAUUAUUUCAGGGGUUGGUGGUGUUGGCAAUGUUUUGGUAACUGUUCACAAAUUAUUACCUCAUGAUGAUCCAAGAUGCAGUGGAGCAUAUCAUGUUACAGAAAUGAUAUUUUAACAGUUUAAAGAACUAUGAAUGUGAUUUUGGUUUCAAUCUUAAGACAUUAGACUGUAGACACCAAUUGCUACAUGAAAUAUACUUGCUUCAAAACCAUGAA